AUGACUGGAACUGUUGAUGUCUUCAGAUUGGGUAGACGUCUAUGUGGACUUCUGGACUGGAGUAAUAUCGUUAAAACUUCAUCAUUUGUUGACGCUGCAAGGGCAGCUGCGAUUUUAGCCUUUCGAUUAAGAAACUGGCAGAAAUCGAAUCUCCUCUUUCCCCUGAAUGGCGUCGGCAACAGAAAAAGAGAUAGAAACAGAGAUCCUUACUUUUGGGGUUCCACACCCAUUGGGUCUGAACCAAACGAGGGUGCCACGCACUUGCAUGCUCGGGUUUGGAACUUUGUGUACCCUUGUGCGGCGGGUGGGACCGAUGACCCUGCCAUUAAUCCUUUAGCUCCUGAUGCUCCCAGCUUGGCCUCGCUUGGGUGCUCCAAGUUACUUGUUUGUGUUGCCGGAAAAGAUGCGCUUAGGGACAGAGGAGUUUGGUACUACGAGGCUGUGAACAACAGUGGGUGGCAAGGUCAAGUGGAAGUGUUUGAGCUUGAAGACGAAGAUCAUGCUUUUCACAUUUACAACACUCACACUCAGAAUGCCAACUCUAUGAUCACACGCUUGGCUUCUUUCCUUGUUUGA